CGGGCCAUGGCGGCGGCGGCCGCGCUGUGCCUGGGCCGGGCCCCGCGGCCUCCGCGGCCGCUCGUGGUGAUCCUGGGAGCCACCGGCACCGGGAAAUCGGCGCUGGCGCUGCAGCUCGGGCUGCGGCUCGGCGGGGAAAUCGUCAGCGCCGACUCCAUGCAGGUGUACAAGGGCUUGGACAUCAUCACCAACAAGGUUUCCCCUCAGGAGCAGCGUCUCUGCAGACACCACAUGAUCAGCUUUGUGGAUCCCCUUGUCUCCAACUACACCGUGGUGGAUUUCAGGGACAAAGCUGUGCCUCUGAUUGAAGAUAUCUUUGCCCGGAACAAGAUCCCCAUUGUUGUGGGAGGAACCAACUACUACAUCGAGUCCCUGCUCUGGAAGGUUCUUAUCAACACCAAGGAGAUGCCCAGCAGUGCCCCCAGGCCGGACAGUGACAGGAAAGUGGAGCUGGAGCAGCUGGACAGUGCUGAGCUCCAUCGGCGCCUGAGCCAGGUGGACCCGGAGAUGGCGGCCAAGCUGCACCCCCAUGACAAGCGCAAGGUGGCCAGGAGCCUCCAAGUGUUUGAAGAGACAGGGAUCCCCCACAGUGAAAUCUUGCACCAGCAGCAGGAGGAGGAAGGUGGGGGGCCCUUAGGUGGGCCCCUGAAAUACCCACAUUCCUGCAUCCUGUGGCUCCACGCAGACCAGGCAGCUCUGGAUGCACGGCUGGAGAAGAGGGUGGAUGACAUGGUGGCUGCAGGGCUGCUGGAGGAGCUGCGGGAUUUCCACCGCCGCUACAACCAGGAGAAAGUGGCAGAGAACCGGCAGGAUUACCAGCACGGAAUCUUCCAGUCCAUUGGCUUCAAGGAAUUCCACGAGUACCUCGUCAGUGAAGGGAAAUGUUCACCAGAAACCAGUGCCCUGCUGCUGGAAAAAGGGAUCCAGGCCCUCAAGCAGGUGACCAAGAGAUACGCCCGGAGGCAGAACAAAUGGGUCCGGAACCGCUUCCUGAAACGUCCUGGGCCCAAUGUUCCCCCAGUUUAUGGCUUGGAGGUUUCUGAUCUGCAGAGGUGGGAGGAGGAUGUGGUGAAACCUGCCCUGGAGAUUGUGGAGAGCUUCAUCCAGGGCCGUGAGCCCCCGGCAGAGCCCCUGAGGAUGGAGCAGGACGAGGAGAACAAGCGGAGCCAUCGCGUGUGUGAGCUCUGUGACAGAAUCAUCAUCGGGGACAGGGAGUGGGCAGCUCACACACGGUCCAAAUCCCACCUGCACCACCUGAAGAAGAGGAGGAAGCUGGAGGCGUCCAGCCAUGCCAGAGGGACCCUGGGGGACAGUGGGGACACAGAGACCUCGGACGAGGAUGGCAGCCUGCCCUUGCCUUAGGCCUGGAAAAGGGAGCAGCUGUGCAUCCACCUGCAUGGAGAGGAAGCUCCUUAGUUCUGGGCCUUGAACCUUGAACCAAGGAGCUGAGUAAUUUUUUUUUUUU